AUGGAGAAUGGAAACCAUACCACUGUCUCUGAAUUCAUCCUAUUGGGCCUCUCUAGCCAGCCAGAGAAGCAAGAACUCAUCUUUGUGUUGUUCCUGGUCAUGUACCUGAUUGGAGCAGCAGGGAAUCUACUCAUCAUCCUAGCCAUCGGCUUGGACUCCCACCUCCACACUCCCAUGUACUUCUUCCUCAGCAACCUGUCCCUAGUAGAUUUCUGUUUUACCUCUGCCACAGUCCCCAAGAUGCUUCUAAACAUCCAUACACAGAUUCAGUCUAUUUCCCGCGAGGGCUGCCUAACCCAAAUCUAUUUCUGCAUCUUGCUGGCAAAUAUGGAUAAUUUUCUUUUGACUGCAAUGGCCUAUGACCGUUACGUAGCUAUCUGCUACCCCCUCCAGUACACCACAAUGAUGAGCUUACAGCUCUGUUGUCUGAUGCUGACUGGCUCCUGGCUCAUUGCUAACUUCCACUCCCUGCUUCACACUCUCCUUAUGGCCCGGUUAGAUUUUUGUGCAAAGAAUGUCAUGCCCUACUUCUUCUGUGAUCUCGUUCCUCUCCUUCAGCUCUCCUGCUCUGAUACACACCUCAACCAGCUUAUGAUUUUGCUGGUGGGUGGGCUGAUCGUCCUCAUUCCCUUCAUUUGCAUUCUCAUCUCCUACACUCACAUAGUAUUGGCUGUGCUUAAGGUUCCCUCUGCCCGGGGCAAGCAGAAGGCCUUCUCCACAUGUGGCUCCCACCUCACUGUGGUUACUCUGUUCUAUGGAACCAUCACUGGGGUCUACUUGAAUCCAUCAUCAGCUCACUCUGCUGAGGAGGACUCAGUGGCAUCCAUCAUGUAUAUGGUAGUUACUCCCAUGUUAAACCCCUUCAUCUACUGCCUGAGGAACAAUGAAAUGAAGAGGGCCCUGAGGAAAGUGUUCACCAGACAGACCUCUCACAGUCUAUGA